CCUAUCUCUUAGUCGGUUUCAUCCGCAUGUUACGAAUUGAUGAAUGCUGUGUUUCUAAGCAAUUACAUUAAAUAAAUUUUUGAGAAAAGUUUUAAAUUCUUCGUCGAAAUAGCGAAUUUUUCACUUAAGUUUCAUCAAGUUUUAACAGAUUCAUUUCAAAAAUGGCCUUACACGUCCCUAGAGCGCCCGGCAUCUCGCAGAUGUUCCAGGAAGGCACAAAGUACUUCCAUGGAGUAGAAGAAGCAAUUUGUCGCAAUAUAGAAGCUUGUGUUCAGUUGGCUGAUACUAUAAAAACAACAUAUGGUCCUUAUGGUAUGAACAAACUCAUUAUCAAUCAUCUAGAAAAAAUGUUUGUUACUAGUGAUGCUGCUGUCAUUUUAAAUGAACUUGAAAUUCAACACCCAGCUGCUAAAUUAAUAGUAUUUGCUGCAGAUAAUCAAGAACGGGAAGUUGGUGAUGGAACAAGUUUUGUUAUAGUAUUUGCUGGAGCUCUGCUUCACAGAGCAGAAGAGUUGCUUAAAAUGGGAUUGGCACCUCCAGAAAUUAUUCAAGGAUAUGAGCUUGCUCUUGAUAAGACAUUGGAAAUAUUACCAAAUCUCAUGUGUACUGAAGUAAAAGAUGUUUCCAAUGAAGAAGAAGCUGUUAAAGGAAUCAAAGCAGCUUUAAUGAGUAAAGCAUAUGGCAAUGAAGAAUUUCUUGCUAGACUCAUUGCAAAGGCCUGUAUUUUAGUAAAACCAGAAAAGGGUGCUUUCAAUGUAGAUAAUGUCAGAGUGAUAAAAAUCAUUGGUGCUGGAGUUGACUCUUCUAGCAUUGUCGAAGGCAUGGUGUUCAAGAAAAUGGUAGAAGGAGAUGUACAAAAGGCUGAAAAGGCUACAGUUGCUGUUUUCACAUGUCCUUUUGAUUCUCAGAUGACUGAAACUAAGGGCACAGUACUUAUCCAAUCUGCCAAUGAACUACUUAAUUAUUCACGGGGAGAAGAAAAUUUGAUGGAGCAGCAAGUAAAAGAAAUUGCUGACUCCGGUAUCAAAGUUGUUGUUUCUGGAGGGAAAUAUGGGGACAUGGCUCUACAUUAUUUGAAUAAAUAUGGAAUCAUGGCUGUUAGAUUGCAGUCCAAAUUUGAUGUGAGGAGAUUGUGCAGAACUGUCGGAGCAACACCUUUGCCUAAAUUGUGUACACCAUCCCCAGAAGAAGUUGGUUUCUGUGAUCAAGUUUAUGUAUCUGAGAUAGGAGAUACUCCUGUUGUAAUUUUUAAACAAGAAAACAAGCAGUCUCGAAUUUCUACUAUUGUUAUCAGAGGAUCAACUGAUAGCUUGAUGGAUGAAGUUAGUCGAGCAAUAGAUGAUGGUGUUAAUAAUUUCAAAGCACUUACUCAGGAUGGAAGAUUGGUCCCAGGUGCUGGAGCUACCGAGAUUGAACUAGCUAAACAAAUAACUAAAUAUGGAGAAACUCUUCCAGGUUUAGAACAAUAUUCUGUUAAGAAAUUUGCUGAAGCCUUAGAAGCCCUACCUAAAGCAUUGGCUGAUAAUGCAGGUCUAAAGGCCAAUGAAAUAAUAUCUAAACUGUAUGCUGCUCAUCAAGAAGGUGAUAGAAGUAUGGGCAUUGAUAUUGAUGGUGAUCAUUUAGUGAAAAAUGCAGAGCAGGCUGGUAUCCUGGAUCUGUAUGUUAUCAAGCACUGGGCUAUUAAACAUGCUACUGGAGCAGUCAAUACUAUUCUGAGAGUAGAUCAAAUUAUCAUGGCUAAGCCUGCAGGAGGACCUAAGCCACCUCAAGCUGGUGGAGGAAUGGAUGCUGAUGAUGAUUGAUCAUCUUUUGAUAUAUGGACACUUUGACUAAUCUUUGUUCCUUGUUGCGACAAGCUGGCUUCAUUAACUGCGCUGAUAUUUCAUAAACAUUUUUUUAAACUAUUCUUUUUGCAUCAGAUACUCUUCUCCUCAGCUGAAAAUAAAUUAUGUAUAUAAA